GGCUGCGAAUGUACGAUACCGAGUAGGUCACUAGGAGAUGGGAUGUUAGGGCCUACAGUAUGUGAUUGCCUUGAGACUCCCGCUGUCGCCACCGGCACGUCUCUCCUCAUUCUCCGCGAUCUGGCCCUGAUGAUCGUCUGAACCGAGCAGGUGGGUCCUACUGCAAGCUGCCCAUGCAGUGUCCAGCAUGGCUCGAAGUCCUGGGGACCGAGUGGAGACGCUCACCUGAGGAAGGCUUUGGAUUCGGUAAACGGAAGUCGAGCGCCUCGAUACAACCCCAGACGGGGAAUACGAAUCCUAACCCCAGCGUGUUACAACAGAGCCUGACCCCGCCCCCGGGAGCCCCUCAAAUACCACCGCUCUUUCCUUCGCGCCCGGGUCCCGUCCCGUCGAGUGCAUCCAACCCGUCCCAGUCGAGCCUCCAAAUGAAUCACCCGGGUGCUGGUCCGCGCCCACCCAGCUACUCAGCAAACUAUCCUCCAGGCCCUCCGGGCGGCGUCGGCCGCACCAGCCCGCUCGCCACGCAAGGACCGACCCGUACUCCACCAUCUCAAAUGGUUGGAGGUCCUCCCCCCAUCAACACCGGAGCUCCUCCGGUCGCUGGGUAUCCACCCCCGGUCAUGGGAGGCGGCCCUCCGCCCGUGCCUGGUGGUCCGCCAGGCUACGCUGGCCCUACCGGCUACCCACCACCGGCCGCGCCGCAGCCCACCGGGCCAAUCGCUCCCUACACACGCAAUGCCGCCGCCGAGGUUGAGGGCAACAGCCGGAGCAAGGCUCAGCUGAUCGUGGGCAUCGACUUUGGCACAACAUUCUCUGGCGUAGCCUUUGCAUUUGCGACGAACAAUGAGGCCAAAGAAGACAUCAUCACCGAGUGGCCCGGCGCCGGCUCAUACACGAAGCAGAAGAUCCCGACCGUUCUCUACUAUGACCAGUAUCAGAAAGUCGUUGGUUGGGGCCCCGAUAUCGCCGAUGCCCUUGCCCCGACUGGCUAUCCCAAGCCCGGCGUGCAGAAAGUGGAAUGGUUCAAGCUUCAGCUGAUGCUGUCGGGCAACACGUACAUUGACCCCAUCAACCUUCCCCCGCUGCCGCCAGGCAAGUCGGAGAUCGACGUUGCUGCCGACUACCUCUUCAAGCUGCGCCAGGCUAUGCGGGCGGCGCUUCAGAAGACGCUUGGUGAGGUGUUCAACCGUGAGGAGAGGAACAUCCGCUACUACCUGACCGUUCCUGCUAUCUGGAACGACGCGGGCAAGGCUGCCACCAGAGCUGCUGCCAUCCAGGCUGGCUUCCUCCGCGACGAAAACGACAACCGCUUGACCCUCGUCAGCGAGCCUGAAGCUGCCGCCCUUUUCUGCUCCAAGACGGGCCUUCUGAACCUCAAGGUACACGAUGCCGUGCUCAUCGUCGACUGCGGCGGCGGCACCGUCGACUUGAUUGCAUACGAAGUCGAAGACGAGAACCCCUUCACGGUCGCCGAAUGCACGGCUGGUUCUGGUGACUCGUGCGGCUCGACUGCCCUGAACCGGAACUUCAGCAACAUCCUGCGGACAAAGAUUCGAAAAAUGAAGCUCCCCGACGGCUCCAAGACUGCCGGGCGUGUGUAUGCCAAGUGCAUCAUGGACUUUGAGAACCGGAUCAAGGCCGAUUUCCGGAAUAACGGUCAGAAGUGGGCCGUCGAUGUCGGUAUCGAGGCCGAAUUCCCCGAGGCUGGCAUCGAAGAGGGCUACAUGACCUUCACCAACGAGGAGAUCCUGCAGUGCUUCGAGCCCGUCGUGAACCGCAUUUUGGAGCUCGUCCGGAACCAGAUCAUCGCCAUCCAGGCGCAGAAUAGGACGCUCCAAAACAUUCUCGUCGUCGGUGGUUUUGGCGCGUCAGAAUAUCUCUUCCAGCAGAUUAAGCUCCACGUCCCGCCCCAGUUCCAGUCCAAGGUUGUCCGUCCCAUGGAUUCGGUCGCUGCCAUUGUUAAGGGUGCCGUCACUGCCGGUAUUACUGAGAGAGUCAUUACGCACCGUGUUGCUCGGCGUCACUACCUCAUGGCUACGCUGCAGCCCUUCAAGGAAGGCUACCAUCCCGAGGCGUACCGUGUGCCCUCGCUUGACGGCAAGGACCGUUGCAAGUUCACCCGCCAGAUCUUUGUCCAGAAGGGCCAGAAGGUCAAGAUUGGCGAGCCCGUCAAGGUGUCAUUCUUCCGGCAGGUUGCCCCCGGCGCCACGCUCAUGUACGAGGACAUUCUGUACGCCUGCGACGACGACGUCUGCCCGGAGUACACCAAGGAUCCCAGAAUCAAGGAAGUGGUCACGCUUACGUCGGACCUGUCGCGCAAGAACCUGGAGAAGGAUUUUGAACGGAUGGACACGCCGCAGGGCACGUUCUACCGGGUCUACUUUGACAUCUAUCUCACCCUGGACGGCUCCGAAUUUAGCGCCGAGCUGGUCUGCCAAGGCGAAGUUAUGGGCCGCUGCAGGGCGCGGUUCAGGUAG